GGACUUCCAGUUUGAGUAGAUAUCAUCCAGUUGGGAUAUUUGAAACAUUCUGUACAAGUCAUCAUUACAGAGCUGAAUAGAGAAGGAACCCAGGCACAAUAGUGGGGUAAGCUUUGGGAGGGUACCCACAAGGUCAGAAAACUAACCAUGUCUUGAGGCAAAGCUGAAGCCAUCUACUCUGCUCAGACACCCACAGGGGCAGUUCUAAUCUCCUGUGUGGGCUCACCAGGAGCUAGAGCCUACUCAAGGGCUCAGAAUGUGAUCUCUAGGGAGUCAGCUGCCCAGAUACAAUCCAAAAAGGCUAAACCAUCUUGUCAGCAGCCAAUGAGCAGAAGGUUGUGGUUCCCCCAUUCCCCGCACCAACCCCAUCCACCUCCCGACACAAAGUAGUACUCUGUAGUUGUUUAUUAAAUCUGGGUCUUUCACCAGACCUACGGGCCAUGGGACUUGAGACAGUCACCAACAUAUUUGCUAGUUCACUUUGAUUCAUCUACUUCCCAAGCUGCUGAGGCCACUACCUGCCACAGGACCUGCUCAUCUUGGAUUCCACAACUCCUGGACAACCUUGAGUGAGGAGAAGAAUCCAGUUUGAAAUCAGCCCCAUUUGGACCUGGCCAGCCUCUACCGCAGUCAGGCUCCCUUUCGAAGCAUUUGAUCAUCAUGAGCAGCGCGAGCCCUCCCAGACUCCUGGACAUCGCCAUCCAGAGCGUGCUGCAGGAUGAGGCCUCAGCCAUUGACGCUCUGGAGUGGCUGCCCGUAGACCUCUUCCGUCCCUUGUUCACGGCAGCCUUUCAGGGUGGACACAGAGAGACAGUGAAGGCCAUGGUGUUUUCCUGGCCCUUCACCUAUCUCCGUCUGGGGGUGCUGAUGGAGGAUUGCGAGUCUCUCUAUGACAUGUUAAAGGCAGCCGUCGAUGGUCUUGAGAUGCUGCUUGCCCUCAAGGAUCGACCCAAGAGGUGCAAGCUAAAGCAGCUGGAUUUACGGCUGAACAGUGGCACCGAGAUCUGGAAUACGUGGCUGGCAACCCAAUCCGAUGGCUCUCUGACCUCAUCAGAGGAGCCUGCAGCCACCCAGCCCAGUACUCAGACCCCCAAAGAGGGCAGAUCCAGGUCAGAGGAGAAGCAUCAGCUCCUGCCCCCUGUGAGGGUGCUCAUAGACCUUUGCUUUCAGGAGGAAGUCAUGGAUGAAUUCCUCACCCUCCUCAGUGAAAUCAUCAAGCAGGGAAAGGCUCUGCCUCCCCUAUACUGCAGAAAGGUGGAGUUUGUUGGGGAUGUGCCCAAGUUUUCCAUUCUUGGGGAGAUCCUGGAAAUGGUGCGGCUGGACUCUGUCUGGGAUGUGGAAGUGGGUGGCCCCUGGGACCUGCAUGACCUCAACUGGUUUGCUCCUUACGUGGCCCGGAUGAUUCACCUGCACACAAUCUCAUUCUCUGGAAUCUCCCUGGAUUGCUUGGGGUUAUGCAUGCACGAAAGGGUGGAGAAGCUCCUUGCCGAAUUCACCUCUUACUUCGUUCGUCUACAUCAGGUCGAGUACCUCAUCUUGGAAGGUGUCUUCCUCCAUGGCCGCCUCCACCAGCUGCUCAAAUGUUUGCAGACCCCCCUGAAGUACCUCACCAUCAAUGACUGCAUGCUGGUGGACUCUGACUUGACAUGCCUGUCCUCCUGUCCCUCUACCAGUCGUUUGAAGUCGCUGGAUUUGAGUGGUGUCUUCGGUAAAAACAUACAUUAUGCCUUCCUCUCAGGCCUACUAGGGAGGUUGUCAGCCACAUUGACCAACUUGGCCUUAGAUUCCUGUGGCAUCAAGGACUCUGAGCUCAUGGCCUUGCAGCCUGCUCUGGGCCACUGCACCCAGCUCAAGUCCUUGGCAUUGUGCGGGAACCCGUUAUCCAUCAACGUCCUGCUGGCCCUGCUGCAUCACACCGUGCCACGCUGCCAGUUUGCCUUUCUGGAGCUCCCUGUCCCUCCCCAUUGCUAUGUGGGACCCCAAGAUAUUCUGCAUGAAGGCACUCUUGAACAGGUCAUGCAGGACCUGAGCCUGACCCUGCCGCUGAGCAGGCCCCACGCAAUACGUUUCCUUUCCUCUCAUAGUCGGAAUGGGUCUGAUGUGAUCAUCAUUGAUAUCAAGCCUUGAUGUCACAAGGCAACAUGGAGGCCAAGACACAAGGAGAUCUGCUGGGAUGUGCAGGCGCCCCGAUGUUAUGAAGAGAAAACCUCCCCCACCUCCGUCCAAGAGAGAAACCCACUGCCUACCACCCUGCGCUACAUUUCUGCUUCCGACCACUUGAACCAGCCGAUAAUAAAGAACUCUUUGUAAAGCUA